AAGGGCAGGCGAAAGGUAAGGGGGAAACCGUUGCGGCCGAGGGGAGAAACCUCGCUGUCCCCCGGGUGAGCGGCCCCCCUCCGCCCCCAGGCAGGAGAGUGGGAACGGGGCGUCGGUGGCCGGGGCGAGGGCUGCCCCCUUCUUCAGCUCCUUCGUGGUCCGCUCAAAGUCCAGCCCAACCGGGAGCUGCUCAGCUGGUCUCCCGGCUCCGCUUUGGAGGCCCAAACCCCGCUUUGCGAACUGCGCGCGCAAGGGACCAGCGCUUCUGAAUUCAUGGAGAGCCCCAACAAUUUCUGCCGCCUUUGUGGCACCGUGCUGCGUGGGAAUCACCGGCGAUGGCUCUUCAGCCGAAACAGUAGCGGCUCACGCCCCGACCUGCUGGUGGUGCUGUCCUAUGUCCUCGACCGAGAGCUUCCCCAGCGUGGAGAUGGGCGCGGAGAAUUCCUGUGCGGGAAAUGCGCCCAAGCCUUGGGGCGGGUGUAUCAUUUUGAUACUGUCAUCGCCCGGGUUCAAGCUCUCUCCAUUGACCGCCUCCAGCGCCUGCUUUCGGAAAAAGACCAGCUGGCCCGCUGUCUGCGCCACAUCUAUGCACGGCGGUUUCCAAAUAACGGGGACUCUGCCUCCUACACGGGCCAAGAGAUCUCAGCCAGCCUAGCGGAUUUGCCCCAGGUCCAGUACCAGCGCCUUCUGCAGGACGAUAUGGCCCUUUCUGAAUACGAGUGCUGGGCUGACACCCCCAACAGCAGCCAGCCGGGCACUCCGUGUCGCAACCACCAGUGUCACAGCUGCCACGGGCUGAGGGUGGAUGACUUCAAUUACGAGUGGGUGUGCCGGACUCCGAGACGGCUGGGAACGUGGUCUCCUGUCUUCGCCCUCUGCCGGGACAAGUCGCAGAGCAUGCCCACGGUGUGUUGCGCUGGCUCCCAGGCCUCCCUCCGGUCCCCGAGCUUGGGGGACGUCGAGUCCUGCUCGAUGCUCUCAUUGGAUACUUUGCCAGAAUCGGAUCUAGCCUGGGAAGCGCUGAAAGCCCUGCGGGGCAUUAGAAGGAAGCGGCUGAGGGUCCCAGAGGGCAGCAAGAUCCCUGUCCUGGUGGGCAGCUGGCGCAUGGCCACCCCCCAGAGAGACAGCCCCGUGGGAGAAGAAGCCUAUGAUGAGCUGAUGGAUGAGUUUUUGCCGCUUGAGUCAAAGCUCCAGAUUCAGCGGUCUCUCUACCAGGACCUUGAAAGGACUUUCAAUAACUUGAAGGAACGCCUCGAGGCAGCCGAAGGAGAGCGGGAGAGCUUUCAGGAGAAGCAAGGAGAGGCACCCAGCCAGGAAGCUGGAAUUCCACUUGAGAAGGCCGUGAAUCACCAGGAGCAGCUGAUCCAUCAACUGACCAGGUGUCUGCAAAGCAAGGAGGAGGUCCUACAGGAGUGCCUGGUCAUCUUGCUGUCACUUGGAUCACCUGGGGUGAACCCCCCCAUGUUGGAAACCCUGAUCAAGCAAAUGGCCCAGCGUCUGAAAGAUAGAGACCGAGCAUUAGAGAAGACUCUAUCCAGCCAUUUCUCGGCCCUGAAGUCUGUGCACCGUCAGCUGAGGCAUCUUCAGGAAGCACUGAAAGAUAAAGAUGCUGACAUGGCAAGACUCAACACCAGCCUCCGCACAGAAGAGGAGACCAUGCAUGCUCUGCGGGAGCUUUUACACCAGAAGGAUCGGGAAAUCCAGCGUCUGGAGUCUCUCUGUGCCUCAGCUCAGGAAUUCUGGCGACUGCAGGGCCAAACCUUGCUUUUCACUUUGAAGGAGAAGGAAGCCUUAAUCAAAGCCCUCCAGGAAGCGUUGGCCAGUAGCACCAAGGAUGUGGAGGCCCUUGCAAAUUCCCUCAGCAGCUCCGACUUUGCUCCAGGGUUGCUCCAGCGGAUCCAGGAGAAGGAAGAUUUGCUGGCCCAGGCCUUGGCUGAGCAGACCCGGGUCCAGGCCCAGUGGCCAAGGCAACUGCAGGUGGUAGAAGAUGCAGCUACUGCCCGAGAACACAAACUUCAAGAGCAGCUGCGUCAGCAAUCACAGGAUGCCAAAGAGCGGGGCCAGGAAAUUGCAAAUCUCCGCAGGCAUCUGGCCCAAGCUGAAGCCAGAGUAAGCCAAGGAGCUGUUCUCCUAGAGGAGCGUUGCACGGAAUUGGCUCGACUCCGAGGGAUGGAGAACAUAAAGGAACAUGCCCUGGAGAAAGCUCUGCGAGAGGGAGAGGAGAAGGACCGGAUCCUUCAACGGUUGCAGGCGCACUGGGCCAGGGGAAGGAUGCGCGUUCCAACAGGACAAAGCAAUCUCCUCCUUCCUCCCGUUUGAACCUGACCUCCAAGAUCCAAAAAACAAGAGAUGAUGAAGGAUGAGAAUUGGCACUUGAUGAAUGGAAAUAAUGUGCAGGGGUUGAUAGAUGAGGCGGUGUUCUGAUUUUUUUCAUUGCUGGGGAGGGAAGCUACGUGUAGCUGGAUGAAUAUUGAUGGGGUUGCAUCUCAUUGUAAUGAGGGAAGCUCCUCGUCAGAAGGUUUUGCAAGGUAGAAGCUGCUGCUUAGAAAUUCACUGCCUGAAAUAAAUUAAAGUUGUAAUAAGGGUG